AUGAUUUAUUAUGACACGGUGCAGUUAUGGUCCGUGCUGAUGCGGUGGCAUGGGUCCGCAUUGAACGGUCAAGCUCCGCUGCGUGCGCUGAUUAUGGCAAUCAUUGCACUUGUUGUUGCAACUGUGAACCAUUACCACCCAUUUGUGGUUCCUACGCGUGAAUCAACGGCAUUCACGGAUUCCUUAACAGUGUUCAACACGUUCUUGGGACUAAUCGUAUCGUUUCGCAUGAAUUCCGCCUUCACCCAGUGGCGCGCCGGUGUUGUAGCCGUUACCUCGCUUUCCGAGACCGCACGCGAUAUCGUGGGCUCCGGUUGUGCGUAUGUCAGCACCACGAUAAAGACGGAAACCACAGAGGUGGUGAAGACUGUCACAAAUACUACGGAGACGGAAAUUCUGUCGCCAAGUAGCAAGUGCCAUUCAUCAACUAUUGAUUCAAAGGUGUCGACGAUCCCUCAAGACGUUCUCGAAAAGUGUGCAUUUUUCACGGAGCUGCGUCGAUUGGUUUUUCUGUAUAUUGCGAUUGUGUUUCAUGAUUGUCGUGGGCUCGAUGGAAUUGGCAAGUUGAAAGAAUCGGGCGUGCUGACAGACACGGAGUACAACGAAUUGUGCGCAUGCGGUUCGGAGUUUAAAAGGCAAGUCAAGGACAAAGAGUCGUACCGAGCAAUUGUGCGUCGUACACCGCACAAAUUGCGCGCCACAAUCACGGAGUUAUGGCUUAAGAGACUAGUGCAAGUUGCCACGAAUAGAGGGCAUUUGACGCUUCAAAAUUCCAACAACUUGCAGAUUAAACUAGCACGACUGCCCAAUUUGUACACAACGGUGUUCAAUAUUGCCAACAUUCCGAUCCCUUUCAACUACAUGCAGUACCUUCAAUUCCUGCUUACCGCGUACAUGCUUCUCUAUACGUUUGUUAUUGUACCAAGAUCUGGAUUCUAUACUCCGUUGUGGGUCUUCAUGUGGGGCACUUUCCUCUUCAUGGCAGAUGAAGUUGCCAUGGAGAUCGAGUGUCCAUUUGGACUGGACGCAAAUGAUAUUGAUUUGGAAUCUCGACUGCUGCAGAUUGAGGAAGAACUUACGGUGCUUAUCCGCAGUCAGUAUUACUUCGUUUCGGGUGGUACAAGCCUGACGCGUGUUUCAGAUAUCGUCGUCCCGGAAGAACGACAGCAGUCUUUGAAAAGGUCACCGCUUCAAAGUGAGUUUUCGUUCCACCAGGGUCGUGUUUCUCCAUCGCACGGGACUAUGCUUCAACAGGGUUCCUUGCCCGAGAUAAACGAGUUUACGAAACUCAUUCAAUCUCCGUCAGCGACUAGUAGAAGCAAGACAAGCGAGUACGGAUCUGCGGAUUCGGCGGCAUAG